AUGCCAGGGAUCGCGAGUGCCACAGGCCUCUUAGAAGCGCGCAUUCGGCCAACCUAUCGGCCGAAACCGAAGCACGUGGAACUUGCAGGUUUCACCAGACCAGCGCCCUUCAUUCUCAGACCUUUCUCCGGUCUUUUCAAUCCUUAUCCUUAUGGAUGUUCUAUACUGUGCAAUCAUCCGGCAGAUUGCGAAGCGAGAGAAGUUCUCAGACGUGCCAAAGAUACAUGGGCAACCGAGGGAAAAACUCUGUUGCUACCAGAAGAAAUGGAUAUGAUUCGAGCGAGUUUGGUUGCUGCAGGCAACAAUGCCACCGACGUAGGUGGAAACACUGGAGCUGAAUUGAUUAAUGAUGCCUCCACCGUCCCCGAGGAAUUAUUUCGAAAAUAUACGGAGACUGACUCGAGACCUUUGACCCCUGCACCUACGCUCGCCAGCGGUCCUCCUUUGACAAAUCGACCGACUCAGGAAGAGUUUCCGGUGACCUGCGAUCCACGAGAACGUACCACGUUAAUUCUCGAUCUUAGAACCAAUUCGCAAAAGCAAAUGGAAAACGAAACGCUGUCUUGGCACGCGUUGACUUUAGAACCACCGCCAACUCAUCGAAAAACUGAGAUUUUCGUUUGUAAACCGAGCUCGAGGCGUACGAUGCGCACACCGAAUCCAGCGGACGUUCCCGAUGCGUUCCCAAGCAUAGACGCAUGCGAUGAAUCGAAUUCCAUGGAGGAGGGAAAAGUUGUGGAGCCACGUAAAGAAGUGACGGUAAUUCGUAGAAGGGGGAAACGAUUGCGUAAAGGGAAACGCAGGAGAGGAUCCGGCUACGGGCAGCAAACAGAAGUUCGCGAUUUGUUCGAACCAACCGAUACUCAAAUUUCACAUAUAGGUGAUGGAUCUAGAAGAACGUCGAUCCAUACAAACAACAGUGAAGCAGAGAAUUUAGCAACCACUCCUAAAAAGAGCUCGGCCAUGAGUAACACACCUUCCAUGAUACCUUCUAGUUUCAUUGAUCCAGAUAUAUUGAAGCAUUUGUGCAGAGAAUUAGACAGCGAUAAAGUGGAAGCGGAAUUUUCAAUCAGAAGGAAAAUCGCAUUCGAGGAAGCUCUGAGAGUGAAGGGAGAGAGCUACUCGCACUCUAGGCGAUCGCAAAUGUUUUCAAAUCCCGCGCUGGUGGACACGCCGCGCGUGUUUUCCCGCCAAGCGGCUCGUUUCGAAAUUCUCGACAGCCAGAGUCUGCACGGAUUAACAAUUCUGGAUUAUUUAACGAAACACGUGUUCGUCACCUCGGGCAGGAAGUUGAUUUUCGGACGAGUGUUCAGCAAGUUUCAAGAGGACACGAUGGGAGGUGCUCGAUGCAUCUCGCCGAACAAUAUUUUCGAGGCUAUUCAGGACAUGAUUGGGAAACCUAUGACUCAAGACCAGGAGGCGUAUCUGAGUAACACGAUCGGCGAAAUUAAGGAAUCGUUGAAUUUCAGAACUUGGUGCGGUUUGUGCGCGGCGGUCGAACGACUAUUGUGCCCCCUUUCUUCGAAAGAAGUCGAUCCAGCCACGUGGCUCGAAAGGGUGGAUUUCGAGAGCUUAGAGCGAAGACUAAAGGCAGCUAACGUGGAUCCGAAACUGGCUCAGUUUUUAAGAGAAAUUCGUGAGAAAUGAUUCGUGAAAAUAUCGCGAUUCUUUCUCAUUUUAAAACUGUAAAAAUAUCGAUUCACUUCUUUCUAAUUUCCGUAGUUUGAGUAACGUCAGUAGCAUUAAUCAGAAGAUAAAGAAAAUACCGAGAUUUCAAGCAGUCAUUUAAAUAAAUUUAUAUUUUUAAACUGAAUGUUAUCUCUAAUAUAUAAGGCAUAGAAUAUAUUAUUG